AUGAGAGAGGGAAAGAGGGAGACUGCCUUAGUUAUAUGGGAAAAACCCUGUGAUGGGUUUGUCAAAUUGAAUACCGAUGGCUGUUUAAAGUGCUUGGAGAUUCCUAGCGGUGAUUCUGCUGGUGGGGGAAUCCUGAGGGAUCAUGAAGGGGAGGUGCUAUUUGCAUUUCACGAAUACUAUGGUACUUGUUGUUGUUCUGCAUUAGCUGCUGAAUUGAAGGCAUUAUUGGCAGGAUUAAAAAUCUGUCUUAAACGUGGUUAUAAGAAUAUUUGGGUAGAAUUGGAUACGCUACUUGCUGUUAAACUCAUCUCUGAUCCAGCUACGAAUUCACGCUCCGGUCGUACUAGGAAAGUGCAAUACCUGGUGGAUGAAAUUCGGAGUGUAAGUUCCUAUCUGAAUGUUCAUUACACACACAUCUGCAGGCAAGCUAAUAGUGCAACGGAUUUCUUGGCUAACGAGGAUUUUCGUACUAAAGAAAGGAGAAUCAUGGAGGAAAAUGAACUUCCAGACGACCUCAAAGAGAUUUUAAGGUUAGAAAGCCUUAAUACUCCAUAUGUCCGGAAAUUAUGGGUAAAAGAUUCACUGUGA